AUGGCGUCCUCCUCGAGCGAGCUCUUCGACGAGUCCAUCUCCGCCCGCAUAACCCCCGAAUCCCCGAUCGAUACUUCUGAAAUCCUCCUGCGCGCAUGGCAGCAUGACACCCCGGCCAUCAAGAAGCUCCUGGACGCCCCAGGAAAGGCGUCCGUCCAGGACCCUAAGACGGGCGAGACGCCCCUGCACGCCGCGAUCCGGUCCUGCGGGUCCGCAGGGGACCCGGAGGCGGACCCAGAGGCCAUCGAGAAGGCCAAGGCCACGGUGCAGGAGCUGCUGCUCUGGGGCGGGAUAUGGAACGACGUCGAUGACCACAACGAGACACCCGGGUGCGUCGCGCUGAGGCUGGGCCAGCCCGAGCUGUACGAGCUGUGCGUCCAGGCCGGCGUGCGCGCGGAGCUGCUGUUCGGGCUGCUCGACGGGUAUGAGGAGCUGAGCUCCGGGUCGGAGGCUGAUGACGAGGACAUGGCAGAGGCAGAGGGAGAGGAGGAGGCGGCCCACGUUGAGGUCGAAUACGACGGCCCCACCGGCGCACCAGAGGACGGCGACGAAGCUCCCGAGCUGAUCGAGACCGCGCAGCUCAAGUUUCAGCCUCCCAAGCCCGACGCCGAGACCGAAGUCAAGAGCGAGAAGUACCUGCGGUCCAAGCUGACGUACUCUGACGGCAAGUUGGUGGACGACGACGGCAACGGCGUCAUGAUGGCCUGGGAGACGGACAUCAUGCGGCGCAGCGUCGACGCCCUGGUCCCCGGGAAGCCGCCGGGGAAGAGGAUCCUCAACAUCGGGUUCGGCAUGGGCAUCAUCGACAGCAUGUUCGCCGAGACCAAGCCCGCGAGGCAUCAUAUCAUCGAGGCGCACGAGGAGGUCCUCGAGCACACGUCCUCGCCCGAGUCGAGCUUCGGCGCCGGCUGGGAGGCCAGCGGCCCGGAGGAAGGUGCCUACAAGAUACACAAGGGACGAUGGCAGGAUAUCGUCCCCAUAUUGCUUGAGCAUGGCGAGGUGUACGACGCAGUCUACUUCGACACCUUUGGGGAGGAUUACAGCCAGCUGCGAAAGUUCUUCACAGAGUACAUCCCUGGCUUGCUGGACCAGAACGGUAUCUUCGGCUUCUUUAACGGACUUGGCGCUGAUAGGCGGGUCUGUUACGAUGUUUACACCAAGGUCGUAGAGAUGCACAUGGCCGAUGCAGGCAUGGAUGUGGAGUGGAAUGAAAUUGACGUAGACUUGAAGGGGUUGGAGGAGGCUGGCAAAGGCGAGUGGGAAGGUGUCAAAAGGAGAUAUUGGACACUGGACAAAUAUCGGUUGCCUGUUUGCACCUUUUUGGGCUGA